GUGGCCGCAGGGGCAGGCUAGGCAGCUUUCUCCAGCUCCAGCUGGGCCUGAAGUCUUAGAGCUGCCACCAGCGGCUAAGGCACUUGGUUCCCAGCCGGCCACCGCACCGCCAUGGCCAUGAAGGUAGAGAGCAGGUCCGGGGGGCUUCCUGGCAGUGACUGCAGCCUGGGAGCAGCCCGAGAGCAUGUGCAGGCCGUCACUCGAAACUACAUCACUCACCCCCGAGUCACUUACAGGACCGUGUGCAGCGUUAACGGGCCCCUGGUGGUGCUGGACCAGGUCAAGUUUGCCCAGUAUGCAGAGAUCGUCAACUUCACCCUCCCUGAUGGGUCACGAAGGAGUGGGCAAGUGCUGGAGGUGGCUGGGACCAAAGCAAUUGUUCAGGUAUUUGAGGGGACCUCUGGGAUUGAUGCCCAGAAGACCACCUGUGAAUUCACAGGGGACAUCCUACGGACUCCGGUGUCGGAGGACAUGCUGGGUCGGGUUUUCAAUGGCUCCGGCAAACCCAUUGACAAGGGUCCCGUGGUCAUGGCGGAGGACUUUCUGGAUAUCAAUGGUCAGCCCAUCAACCCCCAUGACCGCAUCUACCCCGAGGAGAUGAUUCAGACAGGCAUUUCUCCCAUCGAUGUCAUGAACAGCAUCGCCCGUGGGCAGAAGAUCCCCAUCUUCUCGGCAGCCGGGCUUCCCCACAAUGAGGUAAGGCCUGCAGGCACGAGCAGUGGGGUGGGCAGAGCCGGGCUGGGGCUGCUGGGCCAGCAGGGAGGGCUCCCGCUUUCUACAGGAGAGCUGGGAGGGCCUGGGUCUCCCUCAGGGCACGGGGCCCACCUCUGGCCUCCCUGCUGUGUCCAGGUGAACAUGGAGACAGCCAGGUUCUUCAAGUCCGACUUCGAGCAGAACGGAACCAUGGGGAACGUCUGCCUCUUCCUGAACUUGGCCAAUGACCCCACGAUCGAGCGGAUCAUCACGCCACGCCUGGCACUGACCACCGCUGAGUUCCUCGCCUACCAGUGUGAGAAGCACGUGCUGGUCAUACUGACGGACAUGAGCUCCUACGCAGAGGCCUUGCGGGAGGUCUCGGCUGCUAGAGAGGAAGUGCCCGGGCGUCGCGGCUUCCCUGGGUACAUGUACACUGACCUGGCCACCAUCUACGAGCGGGCAGGCCGCGUGGAGGGCCGGGGCGGAUCCAUCACUCAGAUCCCCAUCCUCACCAUGCCCAACGACGAUAUCACUCACCCCAUCCCAGACCUGACUGGCUUCAUCACAGAGGGGCAGAUCUACGUGGACAGGCAGCUUCAUAACAGACAGGUCUACCCUCCCAUCAACGUGCUCCCGUCCCUGUCGCGGCUGAUGAAGUCUGCCAUUGGGGAGGGCAUGACGAGAAAGGACCACGGAGACGUCUCCAACCAGCUGUACGCCUGCUACGCCAUCGGGAAGGACGUGCAGGCCAUGAAGGCAGUGGUCGGGGAGGAGGCGCUCACCUCCGAGGACCUGCUCUACCUGGAAUUCCUGCAGAAGUUCGAGAAGAACUUCAUCAACCAGGGCCCCUAUGAGAACCGCUCCGUGUUCGAGUCGCUGGAUCUGGGCUGGAAGCUGUUGCGCAUCUUCCCCAAGGAGAUGCUAAAGCGCAUCCCGCAGAGCGUGAUCGACGAGUUCUACGCCCGCGAGGGGGCGCCGCAGGACCUCGAACCGGAGCCGGACACUGCGCUCUAGCCCCUCCGCAGCCCUGCGUCGGGUCUUCCCAGUCCGAUCUGCGGGCGCCCCACAUGCCCGAGGCCUCCUUCCUCCCCUCCCCACCCCAGUCUCCCCGAUCUUUGGCACUGUGAUCAAUAGAUUGUUAAGCACUGACAGGGGCUUAACUAUUUUUAUUUUAAAAGCGCCCCCAAGGAAGUAACCGAGAUGAAUUUGUCUUAAGCGAAAACAAGAUGGGCAAAAAAUCGAUCAUUGUUAGAGCUGGGGGUGACGGAUACAUGACGUUCAUUAAAGAAUUCUUUCUAGUGUAAAAAAUAAAAGGCUCUAUUAGUGUCUUAACUGACAAUCGAAUUCCUCUUACACUUUUGUUAAGAUCUUUGUUAAGACGUGUCUUGAUAAAUUUCUUAGAUGGAACAUGAGCCCAGGGGGCAAUACAAGGGGCAAUCGAGGCCACCAAGGAU